AUGCAUACUAAAUAUAAUCGUACUUAUUCCGGGUGCUGGGACCGCGAGAAGAUUGAGGCAGCGAUCAGGAGCAGGCAGGCCGAGUUAGAAGGUGACGCCCCGAAAACGGCCUCCCGCAUCCAGUAUUUAAAAAGGAAAAUAGCAAAAUUAAGGCGUGCGCUAGAGGAUGGUACGCCAAUUGGAGGUAACAUUCUCCCUCAAAAGCGCUCCAAACCUGGGAAUCCGUCGGCUGCCAAGCGGCCGUGCAUCGCGUCCACGGCAAGGAACGACGCGAUUCUGGCGAGGCGACAUAAGAGAAUAAAAAAGAUUUGCUUUAAGUGCCGCAAGCGAGGACACACACUGCAGGAUUGCGAUGAAGGCUCCGUCGGCAUUUGUUUUCGUUGCGGUUCUACGGAUCACAUUCUUCGUGAUUGCAUUAAACCUGACGAGGGUUCGCUACGAUUUGCCUCCUGCUUUGUGUGCGAGCAGACGGGGCACAUUGCUUCGCAGUGUCCCCAAAACAACAAAGGCAUAUAUCCCAACGGAGGCGCGUGCUUUUUUUGUGGUUCUGUGAGUCAUCGGAAGGCGGAGUGCGCUGAAAGGAAGAAGAAGGUGGGAGACUGA